GGCAGCUGGAAUUACUUCUUCUCCUUCUAUUCGGGAUGUCUGGCAAUUGGGGGGCAGUGCCCUGGACCCUGUUCCUCCUCCUCCUCGCUCCAGGCUGGGUAGAAUCACAGGCCUGCACGUAUCCAUGCCAGUGUCCCUCCCAGCCUCUGCAGUGCCCUGCUGGCACCAGCCACAUGUUGGAUGCCUGUGGUUGCUGCAAGGUGUGUGCCAGGCAGCUGGGUGAGCUCUGCUCACUGCAGAAACCCUGUGACCAUCACAAGGGACUCUACUGUGACUUCUCCAAAAUCCGCAGAGGCAGUGGGAUCUGCUUAGCUCAUGAAGGUGCCACUUGUGACUUGCUGGGCAGGAUCUACCACAAUGGGGAGAGCUUCCAGCCCACCUGCAAGCUGCAGUGCAUCUGCAUGGAUGGAGCCAUUGGAUGCAUCCCUCUCUGCUCCGAAGACCUGCGGCUGCCGUCCCCUGAGUGCCCCAACCCUCGGCAUGUGAAGGUCCACAAUAAGUGCUGUGAGGAGUGGGUCUGUGAGGAGGGUAGCAAGGAAAACCACUUGGAAACAGUCAUGGCGGUUUUCAGUGAGGAUCCAGCACAGAAGCCAGAGUUGAAUAACCUUCAGGAGAACUGCUUGGUGCAGACCACCGAGUGGAGUGCCUGCUCCAAGAGCUGUGGAAUGGGCAUCUCUGCCCGAGUGACCAACAACAACCUCCAGUGCCGCCUGGAGAAGGAGACUCGGCUCUGCAUGGUCCGGCCCUGUGACUUCCCCAUGGAGAAAACCAAGAAGGGGAAGAAGUGCGUGCGGACCCCAAAGCCACAGCAAAGCCUCCGCUUUGAGCUCUCGGGCUGCACCAGUGCCCGCUCCUACCGGCCCAAGUUCUGCGGCAGCUGCACAGAUGGACGCUGCUGCACCCCCUACACCACCAGCACCCUGGAGGUGGAGUUCCGCUGCCCUGAAGGGGACUUCUUCCAGCGCAAGAUGAUGUUCAUCAAGAUGUGCUCCUGCCACUACGACUGCCCCCGAGACAACGACAUCUUCUUGGUCACACAUCUCAGGAGGAUGGUUGGAGACCAUGUCAAGACUGAGAGGCCGUAGCCCUCUCCAUGCCAGAUCCACAGGCCACUGUGUCAAGAGGGCU